GCGGGCGGCCGCGUGUAGCGGGUGGAGGCCGCGCCGGGGCCGGUGGCCGCUCCCCCCGCCAGCGUCUCUCCCCCGCUACGGAGAGGCUCCCUAGUCCCCCCGCCGGGCGCUCAGGUCUGCCUGAGGGGCGGGUUGGCACCCCCCCCCCGGGCCCUGCCGGAGAUGUCUGGGGCGAGGGAGAAGAAGCGGGCCAAGAAGAUGAGGAACCAGCCGACCAGCGUCACCCUUCCCGCGGAGUCAGGACCCUUCCCCGGCGGCGGGAGCAGAGCUUGCCCGCCCCCAGGAGAUGUUCGUUCUGAGCAGCAGUAUCAGCAGCAGAAAUUUUCGAAUCAGUCAUCUGGGCCUUCUUACAGAAAAGACCAGUAUUUACCAAAAGGGCAAAAUAGAGGAGAGAGAGGCAGAGGAAGAGGAGGAUGGCAAGGAGGACGCCAGAGUAUUUCUGAGGAAAUGCCAAAAUACAUAACAGUGUCUACCUUUGCACAAGCUCGUGCUGCUGAGAUCAAUGCCAUGUUGAAAGCAGUUGCGCAGAAGUCUUCAAACUCUCUAGUUUUCCAGACUCUACCUAGGCACAUGCGAAGGCGAGCUAUGAGUCACAAUAUUAAACGCCUACCCAGGCGGCUCCAAGAGAUUGCCAAGAAAGAGGCUGAGAAAGCUGUACAUCAGAAAAAAGAACAGUCAAAGACUAAAUGCCGCAAAGCUAGAAGGCGCCACAUAAAUUUGGUAGCAGAGUUUAAUCGCAGGCAAAGAAAGAACAUUUGGCUGGAAACACAUAUUUGGCAUGCAAAGAGGUUUCAUAUGGUGAAGAAAUGGGGAUACUGUUUAGGAAAUAGCCCUACGGAGAAGAGCUACAGGGCUUGUUACCGAGCCAUGACAAAACACUGCCUUCUUCAGGACUUAUCAUAUUAUUGUUGCCUGGAGUUGACUGGUAAAGAGAAUGAGCUUCUGAAGCCCCUUGCUCGAAUAUGUAGCAUUGACACAGGAUUAACAUUUGAAGAAGCUUGUUGUCUGUCUGGAAGAUUUGAGGGUUCCCUGAAUCUUUACCGAGCAGAUCGCUAUCCUGAGGAUAUGCUUGGUCCUGUUACAUUUAUUUGGAAACCCAGGGAUGGGUCUGAAAACAGACAGUUGUGGAUCUGGGUGCAUCCAGCUCUCAAACAGGACAUACUGAGAGAGUUAAAAGGAAUUUUUCAGUGUUCAGAGCCUGAAGAAAUCUAUAUUCCUGAGCCUGUUAUAACAUCAAUUCAAGAGGAAAAACAAAUGGAUGAUGUUCUGAGCCUUGGCAAGAAAAGAAAGAAGGAGGAUAAAGAAGGAGAAAAAGCUGUGCCAGUCAAAAAAAUAAUUGGUGAUGGCACUAGAGAUCCAUGCCAGUCCUACUCUUGGAUCUCUCAGACUACUGGCAUUGUGAUCAGUGAUAGAACCAUGGAGGUUCUCAGGUAUCGGCUGAUUGGCCCAUUAUCACACUCUGUCCUUACAGAGACCUUGAAAGCUGCUUCUCUCCAAACAGAGAUGGCAGAUUCGGAGACAGAACUGAAUAACUGGUGGGUAGAAAACUGCAAGGACUCUGAAAAAGUAUCUCUUCAUCAACACCAAAGUGCUAUCUUUGAGCUGUUAGAAGGGAUAAGUUCACCGUCAGAAAUGCCACCAGGUACAAUACUGGGCCUUACUGUUGGAGAUCCUCGAGUCAAUUUGCCAAAAAAGAAGACAAAAGCCAUGCCAGACUUUGAAAAAUACCAAGAUAAUGAUAAAGUUAGGCAGCUGUACCUGGAGGGUGUACCUGUAAACUGUGCUCACAGCUUUAUCUGGGACCAGGACAUCUGUAAGAACGUCACUGAAAAUAAAAUCUCAGAGCAGGAAUUAAACUGUAUGAGAGCUCAGUUACUGGUACCUGGAUCACACCUUGAUUUGGGUCCUUGUGAAUCUAAGAUUCCCAUACUGUUGGUGCAGCAGCCAGGGAAAAUGGCUGGAGAAGAUCGACCAGGAUGGGGGAGUGGCUGGGAUAUCUAUCUCCCAAAGGGCUGGGGCAUGGCUUUCUGGAUUCCUUUUAUAUAUCGAGGUGUAAGAGUUGGUGGCUUGCAAGAGGCCUUAAAGCAUUCUGAAUAUCAGAGAACACCUCACACUCCAAAUGAUUUCCCAGACUGUCAGGCUGGAAUGCAGUUUGCCAAAGAACUGGAAACCAGUCUUCUUGAAAAAUUCAAACGACGUCCACCUGCAAAAAGGGCAAAUUAUGUCAAGCUGGGCACUCUGUCCCCUUUUGUCUGUCCUUGGGGGCAGCUGACAAAGAACUGGGAAGAAAGAAUUAAAGCUUCAGGAGAACUUGUACAUCCGUCUUCCCCACACCCUGAGUGCUGCAUAACUGAAGGGCAUAGCUUUUGUGACCUCAAAGCAGAAGUGGUCAAAGAAGCUUCCCCUAAGACUGGUGAGGUAGAGGAGACCAUGGAAAUAAGCUCUGAAGGUGCCCUGAAGACAGCGGAUGUUACAAGCACUCAAGAAUUUGGUGAGAGAGGUGAAACUAUGACAAGUGACUUUAUUGUUCUCAGGAAUGAGAAACUACUAAUGCAGUUAUCAGCCUGGUGCUAUCCCACUGCUGGAAAAGAUCGGCGAAUCCGCCUUAUUUCUCGACUGGGACAGAAGGAAAUGACGGAAGAUGUCUUUUUGCCAAUCUUGAUGAGCUACCCAAGGGCUCUCGUAUGGGUCAACUUGUCUCUUUUGAGAAAGGGGAACCCGGAAUUACACGCCAUGAUUUGCAUCCCAACAGAAGACGACUUGCUGCAUCUAAGCAAAAACAAACUCUUCUGUGGUCCUCAAGAACCCAAACAUCAUGACAUAUUCAAGCACAAGAUACAGAAACUAAAAGAGGAGAAGAAGAAGAAAAAAAAGGAUAACAUGAAGGCUUUAGAAGGUGACCUUCCAAACAUUCCAGAUCAGGAAACAACUGAGGAGCAUGAAGACCUCAUUCUUGGUCUUUGGUCAGACACUCUCCCAGAUGUUACUUCUCACUGCUCCAGAACUCUCUUGGGAUAUGUCACUCGAGGGGAUUUUUCAUUGGCUGCGGGAUGUGGGGAAGCACUGGGUUUUGUUAGCUUGACAGGGCUACUUUAUAUGCUACACAACCAGCCAGCAGAUAAAAAAGGGCUAGUUUUGUUAAGAACUCCAGCAUCUUUACAGUACAGAUUUGCAAGACUUACUAUUGAGGUUUAAGAAUCAUUGCAAUGCAGUAGAAUGCCAAAAAUACCAAAGAAUGUCUGUUUUGUCUUCUGUGGCCUUUCUGAUCUGUUUCAGAUUUGAGCAGAUUCUGAGCCCCAACAAUGUCUUGAGAAUUCUGAAUUAAUUAAAAAGCUUUGUAGCAUUAUUCAUGAAAAUAACUAAGGCUUAAACAGACCUAAUAUUACUUUUGAUGUCUGCAUUGCUAAGGAUUUCUAACAGUAGCACAUUCAUUAUCACGAUCUUUACCUCUGGAGAAGUGUAUUGUUCAUUUUUUACUUCAGAGCAGUGGAUGCUGUAACAAUACACAGAAAAUCAUUGUUUUCCUUUUAGAAGUCUUUUGGUCAGAUGAAUUGUAACUUUCCAGUGCACUUCCACAUGUAACUGCAUGCGAUCUGGACCCGUGUGUAUAGCAAGUGGCUUUUCGCAAUUCCUCAUGUCUGAAUACACGCGGCUGCAGUGGAACAGAGCUAAAUAGAGAAACCUAGCACAGAAAGCAGGAGGGUGCUUACUGUGGUAGGAAAGCUCUGUGCUUAAAUGAAAUGCAAAUAAAAUAUAGCCCGGCUAUAUAAUCUUGAAUUAUAGAAACUGGAGCUCUUAAAUUGGAAAGGAUAUCAGUCUCUCUCUAGUCUGAGAGAGAACUCUAUUUUUGAAAGGUAAUAAGCCUUUCAGAUGCAAAUUGCUGUUGGUGUGUCAGCAUACAUUUUCUGUUAAUAAUAGGGGAUAUUUUGGUUCCUUAAAACAGGAGAUUAUUUUUGUAUGGAAUGUGCUAGGAAUGUGAAGGUUUCUUCAUGUUACAGUAUGGUUUAUGAAUGUUGUUCAAACAGUCAUAAAACUUGUAUGCUAGAGGGGUGAAGGGAGAAAGGUAUUUGAUUUGACUGGGGUGGUGUGGGUUGGUGUGUCAGUUUUGGUGUUUUCUUGAGGUUUUUUUAAUGAUAGCCUUAAGCUUCUAGCCAUUAUUGAGUCAAGCAGCUUGAAAACGAGUUUACAAUAAUACACCGUAGUUUAGUAGCAGCAUGAUAUAAACAUGCCAGUUGGUAGAAUUACCCUUGAAAUGAUCAUGUACAAAUAAAAACGUAAUCUAUUCUUAAUUUAGGAGUCUACUGACUAAGCUUGAUUCUUUAAGAAAUUAAAUAUGGAUUAGUUAAUGACUUCGUCUUUCUAAGUGUCAGUAUGCAAAUUAAUUCCCUCGUUCACAGUUUUGUUUGGAAAAGUCUUAGGCAAGUAGAUUAGUGUUGGCUGGAGUGUUGUCGGAGGAAGGAUUUAGAGGAUCUUACCCCCCCAAUUAUUAAAAUUUAGGGCCAUUGUUAGAUUAAGUAUGGCACACACGUGGGGAGGGGGCAGAUCUCGGGUCGCAAGGGAAGUACUGGAAGUGGGGCUGGAUUAUUUGUAAAGUCUUCAGAAGACCGGUGUAAGAAUGUUGUGCCGGUUGGCGUUACAGAGGCGCGUGGGAUGGAAAGAUUCAGCCUCCAGCACCACUUGGACUACAGCUGCAUGAGAAAUCAUGCUGUAUGGCUCCAGCAUCACUCACCUUUGCUGCACCUGAUAAAGCAAUCGUGGUCCCAGAAAGGUCCCGAGAAGCAUCUGCGAAAAAGCCGGCAGAUGGCCCCAGAGGAAAAAGCUUGGUGCUGCGCGGGGCUGGGAUUCACACGCCGCUCGCCCGUGUGACUGGGAGUGCUGCAGCCUGUAGGUAGGUGUGAAUAAGGAGCCCCUUAAACGUUACAGCCUGGCUGCUCUGAUCAAGUUCUCUCGUGGUAAUAAUCCUGGAUUUAAUGAACCUUUUGAAUUGCGAGCCUGACUGAAAUAUUUCUAGGAUCAGAGUUUCCAGAGCUGUGCUUCAUGGGAAGAAAGGAGGAGGGGUGAUGUUUAUAUGUUUUUUUUCCCCCCUUGCCCUCUCUCAUCUUAGUAGAUACAUAUUUUCUUGCCUCACUAGACCUGGCUUGUAUGCGAGAAAGAAAGAGGAGAAGCCCCCCCACCCAAGCUAUCAUUUUGUUCUUUUCUGCCUGUAGAUCUUUCGUUCACUGAAUCUUUCCCAGGUUUUUAUUUUUUUAAAAAACAUCUGGAGUCUUUUUUCUUUUCCUCCUAUUGGUAAUUUCUGCCAGGUUUUCAUUUUGACACUUCCUGUUACUUUUCUUUGAUUUUCAUUCUCUAUUUCUGAUUUAUGAUCCUUGUCUCUGGUGAGCCAAUGAACAGAAACUGGAAUCCAAGUGCAUCCUGUUCUGUAUAUCUUGUAAUAUUGUUACACAGUUGUUUUCCUUUAAGUCAAUGAUUUAUGCCUUAAGACUUCACUCUCCUUGUAAAACGUACUGCAAGCCCGGUGAGCUAAAAAUGCUCAAAACUCUCAGCCAAAGUUUGUCAGAAAAAUACUGUGACUUUAUGUAGCUACAAGGAAAUUUUUAUCUGUUGUUGGGAUUUCCAGAUUUUGAGCAUCUCAAGGGUGACUUAGUCAUAAGAACUGUGUCAACACUUGAUAAUCAAACUGUGGAUAAUUAAACCUGUGUUAUCUGUGUAUCAUCUGGA